AUGGUUUGCGUUUUUGCGUUUAUGCUUUUUUCUUCCCCGUUGACAUCGAAACUAAAUCGACUUGUUGUCGUAACCAACAAUCCGUCUUCUCAAAGCUACUUCAUAACUGAUGCUCAUAAUCCCAACUUCCCCGAGCACGAUUCCUCGGCUCAUAUGUAUAGGGCAAAAUUUGAUAGCCUUGGUGCUGGUACAUAUUCUACCCUGUACUGCUCCACAGAGAAGGGGGUUAAUGAAAUAGUACAAACUAUCACUGCUGAUAGAUGGGAUAUGACAAACUCUAGAUUACAUGCUCACUCCGCCGAUAAUAAACAUAUAGGUUCUUGCUUGGACGAAAUAAACCGAAAAUUAGAGAAAAGGGAAGACCCAAAAUAUAAAUCUAUACCGAAAAACCAGAUUCUAUUAUCAGAUCUGGAUCACGAUAUAUGCACUCCAGAUCUUAUAGCCAAAAUGGCCUAUGUGGAUGUUCUUUCAGUUUGUGGAAAGUUUAGAAGCUUUGCCCCCAAGACUUCAUACGCGCAGCGGUACAUCAACGCGGAUAAACCACUUGAGCUGGCCGAUUUGGUAUUCAAAGGUCAAAUCUUCCCAGGAAAGCAUUGGAUGCAAAAUCAUGUAGCGCUCACCUGGUAUCAAGGAAAUUUGCACCUCAUACAAAAAAGAGAAGGCAGCUGGUAUCUCUUAACCAAUCUCAGAAAAGAAUCUCUCAACGGAGCCAUGAUUUACUUCUACAUGCUUGGAAUUGAGCCCCAGACUUGGAAUCUAAAAACGGGACUAUCAGCUGAAAUAGAGCGUCUUUUGCAAUUAGAAGGAUCCAUAUAUGCUAUUGAAGCUCCUGACAUGCCAGACGCUUAUCUUGAGUCGAUAACGGGAGGAAUGCAAAGUGUGCAAGUAAAAGCUGGUAGGCUUCGGUCGACUCCCACCACAGGUGUUUUCGGCGAGGUAAAGGAAUGA